CGUUGAUAAAAUAACAUCUCUGUUAUAAACUAGCUGAUUUUAACGUUAAUAUAUACUGAUAAAUAACUACUGUUAUAUAACCAUUAUUAUAUCUCGGUGAUAGUCUGAUAACUGUGAUAUUUACUUUAAGCCAUGAUGCUUCAGGAAUUAACAUUUUCUCUAGAAUUCGACCAGACUGUUCCCCCAUUUGAUGAUUAUCAACGAUCUCAAGCACCCACCCCAGAUCUGUAUUACCCAAACAGUCUAUCUUCUAGUCCUGUAAUGGGACACAAGACUUGCAGUCAGCCUUUAACCUCAGCGCCACCACAGCAACCACCGCCGCCAUCUUACUAUGAGCACAUGAAUGCCGCUUAUAGCACUACGAGUCUUCACUCAGAUGACGGCUUAAGUCUCGAUGACGUCAUGGAAUGUAUUCAAGCUGAUAACCAAUCAAAAACAUCAACAUAUGGGGAUGGUGCUCCAAGUCCGGUCAGUUAUCCCAGUCCACACAGAGACGACACAAGUCCUAUUCGAUACCCUAGUCCACAGAUAGACGAUAUAAGUCCAGUAAGAUACCCCAGUCCUCAUAGAGAUGAUAUAUGGACGGACGAUUAUGUUCAGUCCUGGGAGAGAACAGAAAGAAGCAAUGCUGCUAAACAACGAGAAAUGGCCAACUUCGUAUUAGCAGGUAGCGGACAAGUUCAGCUGUGGCAGUUUCUGUUGGAACUCCUGACAGACAGUAGUAAUGAUGUUUGCAUUAAGUGGGAAGGACCAAACGGCGAGUUCAGGAUGGUGGACCCUGAAGAAGUGGCUCGACGAUGGGGUGCAAGAAAAAACAAACCCAACAUGAACUAUGAUAAAGUUAGUCGCGCCAUGAGAUACUAUUACGAUAAACUGAUUCUUUCUAAAGUUCAUGGUAAGAGAUACACGUACAGGUUCAACUUCCAGGCCAUCCUGAAGCAGCAGAAAAUGGGGUCUAGUCUAAACUCUUUAACAGAACCUCGCUCAAACAACUCAACUCCACGUGAUCUCUUAAACCGGAAACUAGAAAUGGGAAUCAAGUCAUCAUCUGUACAGUGUAUCUCCCCGGUACGAAGCAGCCCGGAAACAUCAGGCUCGUGGCACGAAACGUCCCAUAACGAAUUUUAUGCGCCUGGUAAUUAUUCGCAUCCAUCAUCACUAAAUGUUUAUCAAGAGAUGCUACGAAAUGAUUCCUGUCAGCAGUAUGGCAGUCUUCCAUAUUGACUCAAUCAUCCAAAUCAUGAUUGAUGCUAAUUUGUUCUUUGCUCAGUGAUUAAUUCACUUACUGUCUCAGUGAGAGGUCUCAGACAGUUAUUGUACCGUGAAACGCAACCAAAUGUUGGGUUCUAACGUCAUCAAUUUGUGGUGUCGAUGACGUAAUCUUUGAAAGGCUUGACGUCAUCUCGAGACUAGAGAUUGCUUGGUGUAUUCAAUGAUUUAUUUUGGAAGGGCAUUGUUAGUAUACGAAACGAAUACUUUUCUAAUGCAUUUUAGAUCGUAAAUACUAAUCAUUCACCAUGGACCAUGCUGCUAUGUAAACGUCCGUGAUGCACGUCGGUGUGAAACCCGCGGAUGUCUUAUUAAAUGGCCAUAUUUCCAUAUAAGGGGCAUUAACAUUCCAACAAAAGAAAAUCAUGCACAGUUUGAAAUCACGUGAUUGGAAGCGAAUCGAAUUCAAACUAGAUGAGUUUUUGGAGGUUAUUAAUACAUUAUUUGUUUAAAUAUCGUAGAUUAUAUUAUAUUAUAUUAUAUAUAUACACUAUGUGCCUUGUUGAUCUCCAUCAUUUAUAGUAUUAAAUAUUCCACAAUAGAGAACGGAUAGUUCUACAAUUUUGAUAAACUAAUACACAGUGGUGUCCAGGGGAAAUAAACAUUUUAUAUUCAAAUUAAUUAGGGCAACUUGUACAAUUAGGUUAACAGCGAUUUCAAACUUCAAAAAUCUUAAUUUUAAUUUCACUCUUUGAUUGGAUUCCCCCCUGAAAUGGAUUCCCGACUAUCUCUGCACACCACUGUAUACACAUCAAUUCAAUGAUUAUUGGUCUAUAUUCUUGAAAACCAGAUAUAGCCAUUGGUCUUGAUGUUAUUGACUACUACCGUUGCUAAUUUGUUGUUUUUUCAGUUCGUAAUAGAUUAACAUUAAUGAUUAAACUAGGUCAUUGACCUUUCUUCAGCUUGGUGCCGUGGUUUCGCUCGAAUACCUCAAAAGCAUCAAUAAUUUUGAUUCCUUGUUUAGAAUGAAGGAACCGAACAAACAUGGGUCUCGAGUCAACCGCUCCAUCGGAGUCAUACAAAACUUGACUUACUCAAAUUUAAAGCUCUAUAUCGAUAACAAAAUCAAUAUCAAAAUAUUUAUGAUUUCAUAUUUUACCAGAGACUGUGGCACAGCAAGUAAUUAGAAUUUAAGUAAAGCUUAAUUGAGAAAAACAAUACGGCUCCGGGCCCUGGUUUCAGCAAAUUUUACAGUUUAGUCUAUUUAUCAAAAUUAAAAAUAUUUAUUAUGUAAUAAUAAUAUUUAUGUUAUUAAUGUUAAAAAUGUAUCUUAGUUUUAUUAUAGUUUUGUAUUGUUUAAGAGUUCAAAACUCACCUUGUUAACUAAGCUCGAGAGAAUUUAUUAAACAUAUCUAAAGUUCUGGCCCCGAGUUCACAAGCCAUUCUCAGACUUAAAUUAAGAAUUUACUCAAAAUUGUUCGCCUUUUUUAAAUUAAAAUAUAGCCUUUAUUAAACUUUUGUGGUUUUAAUAUAUCAAACAAAUCAAUCAAAGAUAUUUCUCAUUAACAGUGUUUGAAAGUUGAGUAAAUUCGUAACUUACGUCUGAGAAUGCUUUGUGAGCUUUUGGCCUGAAGUAAGACCUGUUUCAGCCUUUAAUUGUAAUACACGUUCUUGUAAUUUUUGUCAACAAGAUAUGUUAAGAUACAAAAAAUGUUCAGAUACAAAACGGGUUCAGAUACAGAACAUGUUUAUGUUCGAAACCCUUUCAUGUUCAAAUCAUGCGCAUACACAAAAUAAGCUCAUUUUCAAAUCGUACUCAUAUGAAAAAUAUGUUCAUAUCAUCUGUUCAUAUACAAAACAUGUUCAUAUGCAAAAUAUGUUCAUAUGCAAAACAUGCAAAAUAUGUUCAUAUGCAAAAAUGUUUAUAUUUCCAAAACAACUUCAUGUUCAAAACAUUCCCACAUUCCCGGUAAAUUGUUUCUAUGUUAUUAUUAGAUUGUUUACAGGCCUUACUUGUAUUAUUAAUAUUUAGUUCAGAUUCGUUUCGUUUUAAUUUUACACAUAACCAUAUCAUUGUAAGGUCUAUGCCCUUUGCACAGUGUUAGAUUUUGUCUCCUAGAUUUCAUUGAAAUUGUGAAGUAGGUUGAUUGUUAAAGACUUCGGCAGAAAGGCCCCGCCUGCUAAUUGCAACUCUUUGCCAACUAAACUUUAGUCUACAACGUUAACUGGAAGCAGGCGACUGUCAAGCAUUAAGACAAAAAAAACUAUUAAGUCAGAAAAUUAUGGUGAGAUAACUAGCAAUGUCCAAAGACUUGAGGUCUUAUAUUUUUAAAAUAUUCAAUGGCUUAAGACCUGUCUAUAGUGCUAUUCAUUAAGUAUUCAGAGACUUAAGACCUGUAUAUAUUAAUAUUCAUGAAGUAUUCAAACACCUGUCUUUUUUACAAUUAUAAAUUGUCCGGACACUGAAGACAUGUCAUUGUUACUAUUUUAAAUUGUUCAGACAACGAAGACCUGUCUACACUGCUAGUAAAACGACAAGCGAUAUCAAUUGAUUUGUUUACAAGGUUAAUGUGUUUUACCACCUUCCCUGUGAUUAUUUUUAUUUUUUAUUUAAAAAGGUUUUAUAUAUUACGAGAGCUGUUUGUUAUGUAAAUAUUAUGUUGAACAUUGUUACUUACCUUCUGUAAAUAUAGAUAUAUUUUAUUAGCCAAUAUUUUACUCUGUUAGAUAUUUUUGCUACAACAAAUUAAAUAUUUUAUAUAACU